UAGGUUGCGCAAAGGCUGCAGUUUCAGUUUGUUUCAUUCACCAUUUUGAGUAGCUGAAGGUAAAAUUUAAACUAAAAAACAUUCGUAGAGCACGAGCACUUCCCGUAUUUUUUUAAUUCCUACCACUGGGAGAGGGCGUUGUUUUCGCGACGUCACCAAUAUCUUCCCUUGUAUUUUAAAAGACCACAUUUUAUUUGCAUUUCCCCUGCUUUUUCUUUUGCUCUCUUACAAUUUUAACCUCUACAGUAUUCCUGCAAAAUGGCAAGACCAGUGAGAAACAGAAAGGUGGUGAAUUACUCCCAGUUUAACGAAUCUGACGAUGCAGAUGAGGACUAUGGGAAAGACAGGGAAACUGUAAAGAAGGUCCGUGCUCCCCCUCGUGAAGUCAAGCACAAGAAGCCCAAGAACUCAAAGGAUGACAGUGAGGAUUCAGAUGACAAACUCUCCAAAUCCAAAAAUGAUUCUGCAGUAGAUGACUUGGGUAGUGAUGAAGACAACAACUUUGGAAAGGAGGAAGAGGAUGAAGAUGGAGGAAGUGACUAUGAUGAUAAAAAGGGCAAAAAGGCAAAGAAAGCAAAGGUGGAGAAGCCGGGCAAACGGUCACUGAAGAGGAAACGAGGUGGAGAUGACAGUGAUGAUGAUAAAGAAGUGAGCAGGAAACCUAGACAGGUGAGGCAGGCUGCAUCGAAGGCUGUGUCCAAACAGAGAGAAAUCCUGCUGGGAGAUGGAGGCAGUGAGGAUGAGGAAAAAGAUGAGGAAGAACAGCCGUUCAUGGACCAAGAAUCAGGCAGCGAUGAAGACUUUAUGGUCGAUGACGAUGAUGACAGUGACUACGGACGCUCCAAAAAGAAAGGCAAAAAAGUUAUUCAAAAAGGAAGGAAAGUGGAGAAGAAAGAAAAGAAGUCUCCUAAACCCCGGCUAAAGGCCACAGUGAACCCCAGCCCUGCAAAAGGUAAAGGGAAAGGUCGCCCCAGUGCAGCUAAAGCGCUGGAGAAAUCCUCGCCCAAAGAUGACGAAGAACCCGAGAGCCCUCUGGAAGAUGAGGAAGAAGAUGAGAUGGAGAAGAAAGAGUCUCCUCCCAAAAAGACAAAGGAAGACGCCCCUGAGGAUGAGGAAGAUGAAGAGGAAGAAGAUGGCUCAGAAGAGGAGGCUCCAUCUGGGGAAGAUUAGCCAUGUUAUUAAUGACUUCCCCUGCUUCUCUUUCCCUUUACACUAUUUCCUAUUUUGUUUUUUUUUUUUAUUCCAAGGUUUGUUUGUUUUUGUUUCUUUUAGUGUUUGUUGUGGCCUGGCACAAUGGUUUGAACGUUUUUUUUUCUCCUUGCCUAUAAUUUCCAUAUCGCAAAGGACAUUUUCCCAGAACUUGUGAGCAUAUAUAUCUCUAUAUAUUAUUGAGUAAAAUGUGUCUGAGUCUGUUUAUUUAUGGGUAUGAAAUCCCAAGGGAAGCCCGAUUUUCCAACCAGUAGGUUAGGCGCUCACCCAGGGAAAUAACAUGAUAGUUUUCUUUGAAAAACUUUGUCAGCCUUUGCGCAAAAGCUCAUAUUUUUUUUUUAUGACAUGUAUAAAGCUUAAAGUUCACUCUGUCAUGUUGUGACCAAUCAUUGGGCUGGAAACACGAAUUUGUGUUUGAAUUGUUCGUGAAACCAUUUUUAAGUAAUUCGUUGCUGUCAAUUCAAUGUGGCAAUUACAGAACAAUGCAUCUCAUUCAUGAAACUCAAGCAGAGCAAAUAUCUGUGUAAAUCUUUCAUAAUGCCGUUCUUGCAUAAAUUGCAUAAAAUCAUUUUCUGUGUAAAUUGUUCGUAAAACCGUCAAUUUUGCGUAACCGUGGAUUUACGAACAAUUUGCGCAGAGAUUCGUUUUGCUUAUGUUUUAUGAACCAGGCCCAUUGUUACAUAAAAUGUCGUAUUCAAUUUGUUCAUCAAACCAUUCUUAUGUAUAAAAAAUAAUAAUAAUAUUUUGGAACCUUAUUAUGAACUAUUUCUACAGAAUUUUUUUCAUGCAUGAUGCCCAAUGAGUUUGCUGUGUCGUGACUUCUCUAGAAAGACAUUUGUUAGACAAUUUUUUUUUUUUUUUUUCUGUUAUUAGUGGCCAGGGUGCUCUCUUAUCCCAGUACUCAAGUCAUUUUGUAUUUAUUCAAUAUGCGCUACUAGCUUUUUAUUUUUAUUUUUUAAACGCAGAUCAACCGCCGAAGAUGGAAAAACGCAUCUACACCAAGAACUAAAUUCAUGUUUGGAGAAUUACUUUCACCAUAUUAUCAUAUUUUAUUUUAUUUUUCCCAAAGGUUUGGUUUUUAUUUCUGGAAAUGAAAGGUAAAACUUUUUAAUUUUACCUUUUAAAGAAACUCGAUUUGUGAAGUUUGAACUGUACCAUUAUGCAUUUUGACGUUUCAUAGGAAUAUUCCAGGUUCAGAACAAGUUUAGCUUGUGGCAUGCUGUAGAUUACCACAAAAUGAUUUGAAUCUGAAACUCAGUUUGUUAAAAUAUGCAUCAAUAGUUAGCACCUAUAAGUCAGUGGGGCAAGCGCACAACGGUUGCCCCAUAAACUUCCAUUGUAAGUGUUCGAACACACUUUGGUUUUUACAAACUGAGCUAUGAAUCAAAAUAGUUUUUGGUGUUAAUCAACACCAUGCCGCAGAUACCCUUGAUAAAGCUUAACUUGUGUUAAACCCAGAAAUGUUCUUUUAGGAAUUUAGAUUUGUUUGCAAUUGUAUUGCAUUUUUCUUUGUCCACUAGAUAAUCUCGUAUAAAGGCUGCAGUACGAAUGCUUUCAUCUCUUUUGUCAGAGAAGGCCUGAAUGAGCGUGCUGAACCCGGUCCUUUAAACAGUUGAUCGUACCGUCAGGAAAUGUGAAUCUAAUCUGAAGUCGUGCACAUUGUUGCUGCCCUACAAAGACUUUUUUUUUUUAUAUAUAUAUAUAUAAAGUUAAACGUUACAAACCAGUGCUAGCUUUAACACAUACCUAAUUUGUCCGGAGAUUGUAUUGCAGAAUGUCGGGGAAGGUCUUUCAUUUAGCAAAUUACGUAAAUAUUGUCGCUAUGUACGCCCCGGAUCAAUUGUAUUUGUCAGGACAGAGGCAUAUUUGCACUGUGACGAUGGAGAAGAACUGUACUAUUCAUACCUUAUGUGUGUUUGCUCGUAAAAUAUAUUUCUGUUGCUGCUUGUUUUUUAGUUUCAGACACAUAUAUGAUGUAUAUCCCAUGAUGCAUUAAAGGGGCUUUUCUGUCUGCAGUGCAUAAAUUGCAUCCUGAUAUGGUUCGAUCUUUCUGCCAGGCAUCUCUGAAUAUUUUCCACUCGUGCUGUCUAAAUUGGUUUUUAACCUUGCAGUCCAAAAACACGUAUGAAUGUUUUGUCUUUUGUGCUUUUACAUUUGAUUUUAAAUUGGUUUCUUCUUUUUUUUUUUUCCCUCCUCAGAUUUUUUUGUAAUGUUUGUUUUUUUAAGAAAAGAAAUAAAAUGUAUCUUCAUUUUAAUGACAAACUUUGUAUGUCUUUUUCUGCGAAAGACUGUGCCUAGAACUCCAUCUUUGUUAUGUCUUACCUUUAAGCUCUUAUGGUGAGAUUGCAUCAUUUUUCACAGCUGGUAAUUCCAAUAAAUCAGUAAUCAAAUAUGA